UAGCGGUAGGUUUAUUGUAUAUUUGUCGUUUACUCUCAACUUGCCUUUACAGGUAUAGGGUAUAUAAGCAUCAAAAUGAACACAACCGCAUUAGGUUUGGACACCCCAGUUCAAUUAUCAUGUUGGCCAAGCAUACUAACAAGUUCAACGACCGAUAAAAGGACGAGUGAGAUCAUUGCUAUCGUGUUUCUAGCAGUUGUGGCUUCAUUAAACUUUGCCUGCAGUUUGGGAUGUAUUGUAGUAGUCGCCGCUACUCCAAAAUUACACAAAACGGCUUGGUUUUUAAGAGCAUCAAUGGCGGCAAAGGAUUUGGUGCUCAGCUCGACAAUGACUGGUUUUGCUUUGUGGAAUAUUCUAGUACAGAAAGAAGUCACUGACACUCGAAAGAUGAACCCGAUUAUAUUCAUAUGCAGUGUGGUAUACAUCACAUGUUUUGCUGCCUCUUUCGUGCACAUCAUGAUUUUAAGCUUCGAUAGACACCAAGUUAUAGCAAGACCAUUUAGGUAUGAAUGAAUGAGGGUAAUAUAUGACAUGUAAUUUAGAAAACCUGUAAGUAGCCACUUGGAUAGAGAAACUGCCGUUAAGCGUCGUGC